AAAAAAGUGUACGAGAAGAUGGACCUGCUGCCGCUGUUUUUGGUCGUUGCCCUCUGCGUUCUUCAGUCCUCCAGCAAACCCAUGCUGAAGAAGGACCGCGUCCAUCACGACACCCCCCUCAGCAACAAUGAGCACAAUGAUGAGGAGAACUUCAACUACGACCACGAGGUUUUUCUUGGGCAAGAGGAGGCAAAGACCUUCGACCAGCUCACGCCAGAGGAGAGCAAAGAGAGACUGGGUAAGAUUGCAGAAAAGAUUGACGAGGAUCAUGACGGCUUUGUGACCGCUGAUGAGAUGAAACGCUGGAUCAAACAAGCUCAGAAGCGAUGGAUCUAUGACGAUGUGGAGCGGCAGUGGCAGACUCACGAUCACAACUCAGACGCUUAUGUCUCCUGGGAGGAGUACAAGAACGCUACCUACGGCUACAUCCUUGAUGAAGCAGAUCCCAAGGAUGGUUUUAACUACAGGCAGAUGAUGGCCAGAGAUGAGCGUCGUUUCAAGAUGGCUAACUAUGAUGGUGACAUGAGGGCCAAUAAGGAAGAGUUUACAGCGUUUCUUCACCCAGAGGAGUUUGACUACAUGAAGGAUAUCAUAGUGCUGGUACGUCUGGACAAUCAGAAUGCUAAAAAAUGUCUUCCAUAUACCUUUGCUGUUAUCUUUUGUCAGUGUUUACUCACCCUCAUGUUGUUCCAGACCCGUAUGACAGACUUUCAUCUGUAAAGAGGCCGUUGGCAG